AUGAGGCAAAAGUUGAUGACUCAGGAUAAAAUUCUUCAUUGGAACCACACUAGGAAUAACAACAUGAACAUGAUAUGUUGUCUCCUAUGUUAUGAAGAUAUUGAUUCGCAUCAUCACUUGUUCUUUGAGUGCAAGUUCUCGGCUCAGAUAUGGGAUAGGGUUCGGAUAGAAGCGGGAAUGAGGAAUGUGGAACCAAAGUGGAGUGCUAUUGUUGAUUGGCUUCGGCAUCGAGCAAGAUCAAAAUCUGCUGCUAAUCUUAUCUGUCGCUUAAUUGUUGCAGCUUCCGCUUAUGCUAUUUGGCGUGAACGAAACAAUCGGUUUUUCAAAAACCAUGCUAGACCGCCGGAAAACGUUUGUGACUCGAUUUUUGACAUGGUCCGCUAUAAGCUAAUGGGUUUGAAGUUCAAGAACACGCCUAAAGUGAGGGCACUUCUCGACAAGUGGAAGAUUCAUGGUGAUUCGGUUGUGGACGAUGGAGGAUAA